AUGGCAGUUGCUUCAAGGGCUUGUAUCUUUAACUGUGGCUCACGCUACCAAUUAAGUAAGAAAGCAGGGGAGAAGAUGAAACGCAUUAAAGAGCUUCAAGAAGGUGGCAGGUUUGAUGUUGUAUCUGAUCCAGCUCCUCCUCUUGCUAUAGAAUUCAUGUGUGACAGAGAUUAUCAGAUGUUUAAAUCGAGAGAGUCAGCAAAAGAGGAAAUCAAAGAGGCAUUGAAAGAUGAAAAUGUCCAUGUCAUUUGGGUUUAUGGGAUGGGAGGUGUGGGCAAAACAACUCUGGUGAAGGAAAUUGGCAAACAAGUGGAGAAAGAGAAGCUUUUUGACAAGGUCGUGAUGGCUGUGGUGUCCCAAGAUCCAAACUUGAAACCGAUUCAAGGUGAGAUUGCAAGGAUGUUACCCUUAGAAUUUGAAGAAAAAGAAGAUGUACUGGAAAAAGCACAGAAGCUAUCAAGAAAGUUGCAAAACGAGAAGAGUAUUCUUAUUAUCUUAGAUGAUAUGUGGGAUAACUUAGAUUUGAAGCAAUUGCGGAUCCCCUUGGAUUUGGAUGACAACAACCAGAGGGAGAAGAGAGGGUGCUGCAAAAUCCUACUCACAACCCGAAGCCAAGAUGUAUGCCAUGAGAUGAAGACCCAUCCACAAAUUGCUCUUGACGUCUUAUCAGAAGAUGAUGCUUGGGGUUUGUUUAAAAGGAAUGCGGGUGAUGUGGUGGAACAUACUAGAGCUUUGCGUGAUGUGGCUAAGGAAGUUGCUAGGGAGUGCAAGGGUUUGCCCGUAGCAAUUGUAACAGUUGCUGGAGCACUAAGAGAUAAGAAAGAUUUACAGGUUUGGGAGGAUGCACUCCAAGAGAUUAAAAGGGUUGAACCUCAAUACAUCAAGGGUUUGGACCAGAAAGUGUACAAAUGUGUGCGAUGGAGUUACGAUUAUCUGGACGAUGUAGAAAUCCAACGCUUCUUCUUGUAUUGUUGUCUGUUUCCUGAGGUUUAUGAGAUCAAAAUCGAGCAAAUGAUGUGGUAUUGUUUUGGAGCAGGAGUAUUUGAAAAUGUUGAAACAAUUGAAGAUGCAAGACGCAGAACCCGUAGGAUUGUGAAUAAGCUCAAAGCGUCUUCUCUGUUGUUUCAAGGAUGGAGCCAGGAUUUCAUCAAAAUGCAUGAUAUAGUUCGUGAUGUGGCCAUCUCAAUUGUAUCACCGCCUGUUGCUGUUGGUAAUAGAUCUCAUCAUGAUGAACUAUUCAUGGUCAGAGCUGGUAAAGGACUGACGGAGUGGCAAAGAAUGGAAUCCGGCAUUACCAAAGCUGUAGCAGGUUACACAGCCAUCUCGUUGAUGAAUAAUUAUAUACAAAAGCUGCCUGCAGCUGAUGGAUUAUUGGAAUCAUCAUCUUCAGGGCGGCUAAGGACUUUGUUGUUGCAAAAGGAUUCCAGUAGUAGAUCAAAAUUGGAAAUUCCAAAUACUUUCUUUGGAGGGGUGAUCAAAUCACUUACAACACUGGAUCGGAGUACUAAUAUCAUUGGUCCCAGCAGCCUAUCACCGAUCCAGUGCUUGACAAAUCUCCGUACGUUAAAUCUACAAGGAUGCAGGGGGUUACAACAAGAGGUAUCUGUACUUGGAUACUUGGAUCUUUGA